GGAGCCACGUACUCAGAUGCAGUGAUAUCUCCAAAUUUAGAAACCACUAAAAUCAUGCGAGUUCCUCACGCUGUGUCAAUGGCAGACUGCACAGCUGCCUGCUGUGACCUUUCAGGUUGUGACUUGUCCUGGAUGUUUGAACGGCGUUGCUACAUUGUGAACUGCCAGCAUAAAGAGAACUGUGAACCUAAGAAAAUUGAAACGGUAAAGUCUUACCUUACCUUUGUACUGAGACCCUCUCAGCGACCAGCCACGUUGCUAGGGUAUGGACAAGUGCUCCCAAAUAUGGUUCAUUCAGUGGGACACCAGAACCAGCCCUCUGAGGAAGUGAGUAAUUUGAAGGAGUUAUCUUUGCUAAGUAAAGAUCACAGCCUCGAAGAGGUACCUGAAUACACAGAUGACUACAGGGAACUGGAGCAGGACCCGUUUCAGCUGAGCAUCAAGCAUGAACAGAAGGAGAGCACUGAUUACACAGACUGGGGCCUGAUGGUGACUAGUGAAAAUGGCUUUAACUCUUCAGGCACUGAAGACAAUGGUGAGAAUCUGGCUGAAAAAGACAGGGGAGUCAAUAAACUGGAAAACCUCAUGAAUAAAAAUGGGUCUGAAUCCAACUCUGCUACUGAAUCCUCCAAGGAGAAGCUGCCAUUUCUUGCAGAAGCUACUCCAUUCCCAGUGAAGAAAACAGCAAGUGAAGCAGUUGUUCCACCCCCUAUCCAAGCCAGUGAUAAUCUCAGGCAAGAGGUUCUAACACCUUCCCAUAAUCCUUCUUCAGACAACUUGGGAUUCACACCAACUAUUUUAGAGAGAACCCAGGUCUCCACAACAGCUCAGCAUAGUCUGACUCAAGAUGGAACCACACCACUUCCUACUAACCCUCUCCCCUCUCGGUCUACUGUCACGCAGCAAUUCGUAUCUCCUACCAAUGGGGCCAAAGCAGAGUCAAUAAAAGAGCUCAUUGUAUCAGCUGGUGAUAACAUCCAGGUGACACUCCCAAGAAAUGAAGUUGAACUGAAUGCUUUUGUUGUCCCACCACCACCUACAGAAACUGCUUAUAGCUAUGAGUGGAGCCUGAUCAGUCACCCUGCUGACUAUGAGGGUGAAAUGGAGCACAGGCAUACACCGACACUGAAACUCUCACAGCUGUCAGUAGGCCUCUAUGCAUUCAGAGUGACUGUUUCUGGUGAAAAUGCCUUUGGAGAAGGAUUUGUGAAUGUCACUGUCAAACCAGCAGUCAGAGUAAACCAGCCACCUGUUGCCGUUGUUUCACCCAAAGUACAGGAGGUCUCAUUGCCUACCACAUCCACCUUCAUUGAUGGCAGUCAAAGCAGAGAUGAUACUAAGAUUGUGAGUUAUCACUGGGAGGAAAUUAAAGGUCCAUUGCGGGAACAGAAAGCAUCUGCUGACAUACCUGUUCUACACUUGUCUAACCUUGUUCCUGGCAACUACACUUUCAGGCUAACUGUAAUUGAUUCAGAUGGAGCAGCUAACUCUACUAUUGCAUUACUGAUGGUCAACAAACCAGUGGAUUACCCACCCAUUGCCAAUGCGGGACCGAAUCAGGCAAUAACUUUGCCUCAAAAUUUCAUCACGCUUAAUGGAAACCAGAGCACUGAUGAUCAUGAAAUUGUCAGCUAUGAGUGGACACUUAGUCCCAAAAGUAAAGGCAAGGUUGUAGCAAUACAGGGAGUGCGAACUCCAUUCCUCCAGUUAUCUGCAAUGCAGGAAGGAGAUUAUACAUUUCAGCUGACAGUUACAGACUCAGUUAAACAACAGUCCACUGCUGAGGUCACAGUGAUUGUACAGCCUGAAAAUAAUAGUCCUCCAAUAGCUGUAGUUGGUCCAGAUAAGGAAUUGACAUUUCCGGUGGAAGGCACUACACUGGAUGGAAGCAAAAGCAGUGAUGACCAAGGCAUUAUCUUCUAUCACUGGGAAAAUAUUAGUGGGCCAAGUACUCUGCAAAUGGAAGACGUUGACAAAGCAGUGGCAACAGUGACUGGACUACAGAUUGGUACCUAUCACUUCCGGCUGACAGUGAAAGACCAUCAGGGAUUAAGCAGCACAGCUACACUCUCUGUUACUGUUAAGGAAGAAAACAAUACUCCUCCUCAUGCACAUGCUGGAGGCAAACAAAUCCUGGUGCUUCCCAAUAACUCUAUUACUUUGGAUGGCUCAAAGUCUACAGAUGACCAAGGGAUUAUGUCAUAUGUGUGGAUUCGUGAUGGCCAGAGUCCAGCAGCUGGGGAUGUAAUUCAUGGCUCAGACCACAAGCCAGUACUGCAACUAACCAAUCUUGUGGAGGGAACAUAUAUCUUCCACUUGAAAGUGACUGAUGCUAAAGGAGAUUCAGAUAUUGACACCGCUACUAUUGAAGUGCGGCCUGACCCUAAAAAAAAUGGUCUGGUGGAGCUUAUAUUGCAAGUUGGAGUUGGCCAGCUGACUGAACAACAAAAGGACACUCUUGUGAGACAGCUAGCGGUGCUACUGAAUGUCUUGGAUUCGGACAUCAAAGUUCAGAAGAUACAAGCCUAUUCAGAUUUAAGCACAGCAAUCAUGUUCUAUGUGCAGAAUGGACAUCCUUUCAAAGUCAUAAAGGCUUCGGACGUUGCACGGACUCUGCAUGUGCAGCUUUUAAAGGAAAAGGCUGACUUCUUGCUUUUUAAAGUUCUGCGGGUUGAUACAGCUGCUUGCCUUUUAAAAUGUUCUGGACAUGGGCACUGUGACCCUAUUACAAAGCGUUGUAUUUGCUACCAACUGUGGAUGGAGAACUUAAUUCAACGUUACCUCAGUGAUGGAGAGAGUAAUUGUGAAUGGAGUAUACUCUAUGUAACAGUAUCUGCCUUCAUUUUGGUUGUGCUCACAGUUGGGCUAGCCUGGUUCUGCAUCUGCUGCUGCAAAAGCAGGAAGAGGACAAAAAUAAGGAAAAAAACCAAAUAUACCAUCUUAGAUAAUAUAGAUGACCAGGAGAGAAUGGAGUUAAGACCUAAAUAUGGUAUAAAACACAGAAGCACAGAACACAAUUCCAGCCUGAUGGUGUCAGAGUCAGAGUUUGACAGUGAUCAGGACACUAUUUUCAGCAGAGAAAAGAUUGAAGGAGAGAAUCCGAAGAACAUCAUGAAUGGCUCCAUCAAAAAUGGUGUUUCCUUCAACUACAGUGCAAAAGACAGAUAAUUGAGUAAGGGUGAAAAGAAAGGACACACCAGUCUGAUGCACCAAGAAAGUGUUGAUCCACCUUUUAUUUUUCAAAAUCAAAAGCUUCCUAAAGUAUCUACCAAUUUCAGCUGAAGGGGAAAUUUUCAGCAGAGUCGAGGGGGGAUUAGACAGCAAAGCUCCUGUUGUCAUGGUUGUAGGAACAAGAAGCACAUGUAAUUCCCUGCAUGCUCUGUGCUGAACGUUUAUGUCUAAAUUUCUGAAGACAUUUUCCUAUCUUAGACUUGUGAAUCACUGCUACCAUCCUAUCCAGGACCGUUACUAACAGUGAUGACUGUGAGACUCUGAGCUAUAUUUGGCUUGUAUCUGUACUCCGUCACUUGAAGGAACACGCCGAUUAUGAAGCUGACCUUGACAAUUAAAGCCAAUGUGCAGAAUUUCCCUUGCGUCUGUAAAGAGCGGUGUGUAACUGUGAGUUUCAUCUUCAUAUAUGGUUUCUGAAUUGGAUACAGAAAAGGGAGAUCCAUAAAUAGCAUCUUUAGUACAUAGUAUUACCUCCAAGCUCUGCUUUGUGACUAUGGUUUUUAGGGUAGCACUUGUGAAGUGAAAAUGCCUUUGUUUUUAAAGGCAGCUGACUAUUUAGCAGUUGUUCUUUAAUCAGCUGCCAGUUAAUGUGAUACAUUUUGUAUCCUGUAUAAUGGAAAUGUCCCUUAUAUUUAUGCUGAAGAUGUGAUGGCAGCAGAGAAAUCCUGUCUGCUUUCUUCUGUAAUAAUAUACGAAGAGAGUUCCCCUCUGGACCUGAGGAGCUGAAAGGGAUACAGAGACGCCUCCUGCAAUGGGCUGAACACCUUAAACUUACUUUGAUUGUAAUGGGAGCAUGAGGACCCUAUCAAGACUGAGUGCUUCAUGCACAUAAAUUAAGAUGGAAGUUGCAAUAUGGCUUGUAAUAAAGAAUUGGAAUGUCUCAAGCCUUAGCACAAUGCAGUGAACAGUGUUAAGGCUUAGUUGCUACAUGGCUGCAUGUCUUGGGUCAGGGAGAUUUUUUUAAUGAAAGACAAAACUGUUAACAUUUUGAUUUUGCUACUCUUAAUUGUUGUGCAGCACCUGGGCAUUUUCUUUAUGGGUGUUAUAUUAGACACUAAUGCCCCAUUGCCUCCUUGAGAUCUGUGUUAGGGGGACCCAGUUUAUCUGGAGGACUCCUCUAUUUGUGGAUGGAGGGCUGAAUACAUCUGCUUCCAUGACACUGUCUGCCCUUUUCUUGUUCCUCUUCAUUAACUAGGGAAGACUUGGCAGGGGCUGGGAAACUUCCCUCAUGCAGGACUUCAGAAAAAUUAAAACCCUAAUUACGGAGGAAUCCAGCAGUGCAGAAAGCCUGGGCUGUGUAGUUUCAGUGGAGCUUCACUGCUGAUGAACAGGGGCUCCAAGAGUUGGCUCAGAGGCACAAGGGUUCUCUGUAAUUCAGGGAGUGGGACCUCUUCAUGUGGAAGGAACAAUUUGUAGGAAAUGUAUGGAGGUUCCUAACCCAAGGCGUUAUCUGCUGGGGUGGAGAAGUAAAAUAAAUGGGUAUAUGUAUGGAAAAAGUGCUGUUGCAUUGAACUUCACGACUUCUCUUCUUGGCUUGCUUCCAUUCAUGGAGUUGGGUUGGAGGGACAUGAAAACAGCAGCAACAUAGUAUGUUGUCUGCAUUUUCCCUGACUGUGCUCCUCCAGAUCCAUGUUGGCCUAUAACUUCCUUACAAAAACGUUAAAGCAAUGACAAUUAGCAUUUCCCCCUGCUCCAUAAUGAUACCCUUCUCAGACAAGACAGCUUGGGCACAGCAGUGAAAGAAGCCAGCAUGUCAGGCAAAAGGUGAUUACUAUUGGAAGCUUUUUCAGCUUAUGCUCUUUGUUUACUUUUCACCUACUUUCUGCUCAGCCUAGAAACAUAGACAGUACGGUUUCUGGCCCCUCUCACUUUUUAUUCCAUCAGCAUUCAUGCAGUAGUGCAUUUUUGGGUUGUAAGCAGUCCAGGGUAGGUGGGCAUUCAAGCAAACCAAAUUAUAUUAAAAAAAAAAAAGUUUUGGCCAGUCUGCUACUCUCAGUGCUCAAGUUCUGUAUUUGUUCUACAGAAAAUGACUCUUUGCAGAUCUAUGUGUUUUACGAACUAGAUAAAAUUAUGUGAACAACCAUGACCUUGUAUCAAUCAAAUAUAAACAUCUCUUUUAAGUUUAUGCAUAUUGGCACAGUUGUCAGCAUCCAUAAAACAAAACAAAACAAAACAAAAAAAGAACAACUGAAGGUGCAGCUGAGUUUUGUAAAUUUAGUCUUUUUUGCAUUGGUUUUAUUUUACUAUUUAAUGCCUAGUGCUCAGGCCUGCAAAAAGGCUGCACAGAGGGUUAAACUGUAAAGGUAGUCAUCCAUUGCUUGAAGUCCAAGGUUCAAAUGUGUCUUAGGUUUCUAAAUGAAAAAUGUUUUAUGGUCUGAAGCAUGCUUCCUAGUGGACAUUGUUCAACAUCACAGUCACCACAGUUCUAGAAACACCACCUCUUCUUUCCUACCCUCAGAAUCAUUUCUGGAAGAAGUUCAAGUGCUGCGAGAGCAUUUUUUUUUUUUUUAGCUUAUUCAAGUACUUCCACCUCCAGCAGGUGGGAGACAGUAGACUGUACGGUUUAGGACCUCUUAAUUACCUUUUUGCCUUUUGUUUCUUUCCACUUGAAUUCACAUGCAAUUGCUAGCCACUUUUAUAGCUCACAACCUUAGUUAAAAAUGAUUUUUUUAAAUAGUGAAUUUCCAAGGUGUUAUUAGAGGCACUGGCUUGCAGUUCCAGCAAUUUAACCUCAUUCAUCAAGUUAGAAGUGAAAAAAGGAGAAAGGCAACAUAGUAAUUGGGCAUUAAGAUACACUAUCUUGCAGAUUAUUAGGCCUAAAAAUGCAUGCCUGAUAUUGAAGGAAAUCUGAAACUUCCUGUGGAGUCAGGAAGAAAUACUUCUCUGGCUCUGAGUAUUUGCGAUAUCAAACCUUAAUGUUAACCUUUUAUGGUCCUUCAGUCUAGCAUGACUUGUUUGCAAGCAUAUCUUUAUCUACAUUCUUUAACAUUUUUAAGUAGCAAGCGCAGUGUAUAUAUGAGAAGGAUCUCAUGAUUGUUACUGUAAUUUAAUUAAUAAGCCUACAUGUGAACUGUUGCAUAGUGAGCAAUACAUACCUACUCACAACAUAGAUCUGUCCAGCUAUAAACAGACCAACAGCUUUUAUCAUGGCAGGCAAAAUACUAAUGUUGUACAAGAAAUUUAGCAGGACAAGUCUGACAAAAUAAAAAUAACCAUAACGUUUCUUUUCUAUUUCAGCUCUGGUAUUGAAGGAGCUGUUUGAUAUGGGUUGAUUAGUGACACAAUUAAAUCAGAGUAACCCAGUUGUUGCUGAAUAUGUAAUGAAAAAUCAAUCUUCCUUGCUUCAUACUUACUUGUAAAAUAAGCUACCAUCUAUCUUUUGUUACAAAAAAGCUAUUUUACCAGCUUUACUGUCCAGUGCACUGGAUACAUCUGCUUCAACCCCCCCACUCGCAUGCUACUAAAAAUGCUAGCCAACCUCCUAUCAGUGGAUUGUCUUGAGGAAACAUAAGGGGACACAAGUAGGGGGAUGAAUCUGAUCUGCAAAGGGUUUAGCAGAACAGGGUGUACUUUCCAGUAGCAGACCCAGAAAUGGGGCAGGGAACUGUGCUACACAUGGGCAAUGCACUCUGAACUCCCUUCCUGGUCAGUGUGGGCUCCUGCUAGAGCUCCGUGCUAGCACUGAGUUCAACUCACCAGCUGAUCUUGGUGGGAUGUGGCUGGAUUCCUUGCUUUCACUUAGUUCUGGAGCCCAAGGGGUAAAUACUGUUUGCCCUUCCCUACCCCAGCAGCAGGGGAAAGGAGGCCAGAGCUGUGCAAAAGCAGGGGCUCCGACCAGACCUGAUGCUGAGAACUCAUGUGCAGCACAGCUGAAGUGAGGGGACUGCACUGCCACACCUCCUCUGGCACUUUCUCCCUUCUUUGUUUGGCUCCUUCAAACCUGAAAGCAGUGCAAAAAUGCCAACACUUACCUUUUCUCAGACAGCUCUGGCAUUCUUCAAAUCCUUCAGGCCCCACUUAUGUAAAAUUCCUGUUGAAGUUAACUGAAGAUUAUUGCCUGACUAAAAUGAUUGUGGGUUUUGGUCUCUUUACAUGUUGAAAAGUUAAUGAACUUAUUAUUGUCCUUGUGUUUGGGGUUGGGAGGAAAUGAAAACUAUUUUCAGAGUCAUCUACUGAACAGUCUGUGGAACCCUGGUGAGAAAGGGAUGGAGGGCGAGCCUUUUUUUCUAGGGGAGAGAAACUGGAAUAGAAGGCAGGUAGGAAGGUCCUAAAGCACAAAAUUUGUACCCUAGGAUUGUUAUUAAAUUUCCUCAUCCUAUACAAAUGUAGUGAGACAUAACCCAUUUCAGAUGCCUUUGGGUGCCAAGGUACCAGAAGGAAUUGUCCCAAAGAAACCAUGAAGAUACUUAAGGUGGGAAAAAAAGAAAUUCCUGCAGCACAGGCAAUGACUUAAGUGCAAGUGAGGCAUGCAGCAGUACUUUGCCUCUGUACGGAAGCAUGGCUUCCUGCGUGUGGAUGGGUGAACAAUUGUAGAUUUUAUAAUAGGAACCUAUCUCUAGAAAAUGUUGUUUAUUGCAAAUGAUAAUGUAUUGUAACUGGAACCAGUUCUUAGCUGAUACUAUUACCUUUAUGUU